GAAGAUUUUUCCCAAGGCAAGGCAGCUUCUCAGGCCAGUACCACGAAAGAUAGUCAUAUCUUGUUUCAUUUCAUGGUGCAAAUAGUUUAAUUACGGUUUCACUCAAUUAUUAGAAGAUUUUAUCUGGCUACAUUUGACUUCCGUAGUUGUGAGUACUUCGUCUUUUUUCAUUCAACUGUUCUUCUUUUGUCACAAAUGGAGUAAGCAUCAUGGCGGCCAUGAAGGGGAAAGUUCGUGUAGUUGAACGUUUGAAGAUCAAAAUAGGUGAGGCCAAAAACUUGCCUGGGAGAAACCAUGGUUCAGUGAAUCAAAGAGAUGUGUAUUGUGCACUUUCAUUAGAUCAAGAAGAAAUUUUCCGAACAGAAACCAUUGAAAAAACUUUAAGCCCAUUCUUCUCAGAAGACUUUCAGUUUGAAGUCCCUCGGCGGUUCAGAUACCUUUCUGUAUAUAUUUAUGAUCGAGAUCGCCAUCUAAAACAAGACAAAGUUAUUGGGAAAGUAGCAGUUAAGAGAGAGGAGCUUCACUCAUAUCAUAGCAAAGAUAACUGGUUUCCAAUCUUGCCUGUUGAUGCAGAUAGCGAAGUCCAGGGCAAAGCGCACAUUGAUGUGAAGUUUGAAGCUGUUAUUAAGGGAAACAGCAACUUGGAGCAUCACAACUCAAGGCUUAUUGUGAGGCUAAUUGAAUGUAAUGAGCUAACAUUAAAGAAUGGAGCUUGUGACCCAUUUGCAACCGUUACUGUAAAGUAUUCAAAUGGCAAGCAGGAAAGCAAAAAAGCAAAGGUCAAGAAGAAAACAAGUUCGCCACACUUUGAUGAAACAUUUACUUUUGAGCUUCCAUCAGUGCGUGGUCAAAACCAUGACAGGGAAUGGCAGUACCGAGUUUCUGAUGCUUGUGCUGAUGUGGAUUGGAGUGAACUAAUUAUCUCCCUCUGGCAUGAUUCGGCUGGAAUGUCAGAUAAGAUAUUUUUGGGAGAAGUUAGAAUUCCUCUUGGUGGUGUUCAGCAGCAGAAUCAUGCUGCUACAAAUGCUUGGUAUUUUCUUCAGCCUCGUUCACUACUGCAUAGACCAACUAGCAAGCAAACCCAGAGUCCAGCUUCUGCCCGUAGCCACUCUAAUUCACUAGGUUCUCUUCGUCUUAAUAUUCAGUACACUGCUGAUCACGUGUUUUCUAGUCAUGUUUACAACAGCCUUAGAGAACUGCUGCUCCAAAGUGUCAAUGCAGAGCCUGUCACAUCGAGUGCUGCAUACAUACUUGGUGCAAUAAUUCCUAGCAAGGAAGAUACCGCUCAACCACUGGUUAAACUAUUUCUUCACCAUGCGCAGCUUGCUCCAAUCAUUAACAAUCUUGCAAGAUGGGAAAUUUCCAAAGUCACCGAUCCCAACACAAUAUUUAGAGGAAACACUCUUGUAUCAAAGAUGAUGGAUGAAGCUAUGAAAUUAGUUGGCUUGCAUUACCUUCACAAUACAUUAAGGCCUACUCUAGAUUUAGUCUUCCAAGAACACAAACCAUGUGAAAUAGACCCAAGCAGAGUGGAGGAUCCAAGCCAAAUCCAAUCAAAUCUUCUCAAUCUCAAAGACUAUGUUGAGAAAAUAUUUACUGCUAUCACGAACUCUGCAAUACGCUGUCCUACUUUGAUGUGCCAAUUAUUUCACAAUCUUAAGGAGGUUGCUACAACAUACUUUCCCGAAAAUAAAGAAGUAAGAUACUCUGUAAUAUCAGGGUUUAUCUUUCUUCGGUUCUUUGCACCAGCUAUAUUGGGUCCCAAGCUGUUUGACCUCACCAGUGAGCAGAUUGAUAGCCAAACAAAACGUACUUUGACACUGAUUUCAAAAACCAUUCAAAGCCUUGGUAACCUUGUGAGCUCACCGUCCUUGCAAAAGGAGUACAAAAAAGAUUACAAAGAAGAGUACAUGGCUUGUGUUUUUGACUCUGUCUAUACAGAAAGUCGUGUUCUGGCCGUGAGACAGUUUUUAGAAAUAAUAUCUGCUACAUCAAAUCCUACUCAAAGAAAUCUGGACACCCCAGUUGUUUUGAAGGAAGGGCAACGAAGAGUUAUGAUAAAAAGAGCCCAGGGCCGGAAGAGAUUUGGUAGGAAGAAUUUCAAACAAAGAUAUUUCCGGUUGACAACACAAGAUCUCACCUAUUCCAAAAAUAAAGGAAAGGAACCUUUAUGCUGCAUUCCUCUGGAUCAAAUUUUAGCUGUUGAAAAACUUCAAGAGGACUCCUUUAAGAAAAACUACAUGUUCCAAAUUGUUCAACCAGAAAGAGCCCUGUAUAUUCAGGCUAAUAACUGUGUAGAAGAGAAGGAGUGGAUUGAUAUUCUCACUAAGAUAUGUCAAACAAAUGCCAAUCGACUCAGUAGUUAUCAUCCAAGUGCCUACAUAAAUGGUCAUUGGUUGUGCUGUCGAGCACAAAUUGAAUGUGCUCCAGGUUGUAGCGAAGUUUCAACAAGUGUGGAUGCAACACUGCAGAUGAAUCUUGACCCAGACAGAGAAUUGCAGCGAAUUCACUCAUUAGUAAUUUCAAAUCUUGAUCGAUUAGAAGGAUUAGUUGCAGCUUGUGGUGGCACUAACUUAAUCUCAAACUUUAUGGUAGAAGAUGUACAUUCAUUUUGUACAACUUUAAAACAAUUACAAGAUACAAUCUUCAACUUAGAACAGGAACAUCGCACUUACCUGCGUUCAGUUGCAAGAGAAACAAAAUAUGGUAGCAAGCAAGCUCCUAUAGGUGAUGACAAUUAUUUGCUUCUUGCUGCAAGAGUUGGUCGUCUCGACAACAAUCAUUUCAGGCAAACUCACACCCUUCCCAUGUGGCCAGUUCAAUGACAUUGGCACUUCAGGCCUUGUCAUUGGUCACAAACUCGCACAGCUUCCAAGAAGAGCCCUCAUUUGCUUCAAAAAGUCCUCUCACAGCUCAAAAUAUAAAUGAUGAAACAUUCAGUGCUUGGUUACCCAUGGGAAGCUCUCUUCUGUAUUAAAAUUAAAGCCAUUUCUUAUACUCAUAUUGUGGGCUGUACAUAAUAACUUCAUGGCUUUGAAUCUCAACUUGCCCUCAAGUGCCAAAUAUUGUAACUUCCUCUUGUUUGACGUCAGUGCCAUUACUCCAUUCCAUUAUUGACAGAAGAGCACAUGUCUGACUCUGCAGAAGAGUCAGUAAUGUUAAUAAUUCUCACGUGACCCUCUGUUGUGUCAAAGCAGGUUUUCAUUAACUUUUACUGCUAGUAUAACUUAUUUUCCUUUUAACUUAUCAUUGUUGACCCUUGAUUGGAAUGUUGCACGGUAUAGAUAUUUCUCUUAUCAUGGUUAUUUUUCAAAAUUAUCUGCUACCAUCACCAACAUAUUUUUAUGUGGAAUCCCAUUGUUUGAUUUCAUAUUGCUCCACUGUUGAAAAUAAUUGAGAGCAGUGCUAUGCGACUUUUCCGUCCUGUCUUUCUUAGUAAAUUUUCUCAGUUCUUAGUCUUAAACUUGCUAAGAAACCUAAAUUGUUGGAUAGCAAACGUAAACAUAAGACUGUUUCACUCUUCAGAAUUUUGUUUCUGUGUAAAUUUGCCAUCAGAUCCAGAGUGUGUUUAGAGUACUCUAUGAGAAGCUUUGGCUAGUUUUAAUUUCUUUCUCCAAGAAUGUAAUGAUCCCUUGACUUGAUGUUUGAAAUCAGAAUCUCGGUGAAUUCACUUGCCAGUCCAUUGAAAAGUGUUUAUCAUAAGGUGCUAAUAAUGCAUUGUUAUUAAAUAUAGUUACUGUGCCUCAACAUUUUUA